AUGGGAAUUUGGUCUUCCGGUAUUACCGUUGUCGCGCUGUUCUGCUUGAUAUUGGUUGCGCACGCCCAGGAAAAUCCUGUUGAGGUGGAUAUCAGUUCGGGCAAAAUUCGUGGUUUCGAAUCCACCUUUCUCGGCAGUCAGGUGCGCUCUUUCCUCGGGGUACCAUUUGCGGAACCACCAAUCGGAGAAAACAGAUUCAAACCACCAGUGCCAAAAUCAGCAUGGACCGAUACUUUGGACGCUACGAAACCUUCACCUGCUUGUUAUCAG